AUGUUCAGCUUCCUCAAAGGCAUGAAGCGUGCGCGCGGGCGUUCUCCGUCAAAGCCGCCCCCUGCCGCGUCCGUCUCCCCUCACAUAAACCGGGAGGGCAGUGGCCACCACAACCAUAGCAGCAGCAACCGACAUGCAUCGAGCAGUAGUAGUAGCAAUCGUAGUACUAAUAACAGUCGGAGCACCUCCCGACCUCUCACGCCGGCAGGUCAAGACAUCGGUGCACAACGUACGAGCACGAAGGAGGCGUUGCGGCGCUCUUCUUCUUCUUCACAGCAGCGACGUCCGGCCAAAGAGGUGCCGCCGUCUGCCGCCGCGACGCACCGAGACGGCGGAAAAGAUCACGACCACGACGGGCAGCGCAGCAACAGCGAGCGCCAUCCGGGCGGCAAGCGUCUGUCCAAGGCGAAGGGUACAGAGGCGACGGACGCAGAGGCAAACGGCAUGGAACGCGAGGCGCCUCUGGAGACGGUAGCGGAGCCCAGACCGCAGCGUCGCGCGGCACAAGGUCGCACACGGGCCUCCACAAGGAGUGUAGAGAAGGCACUGGCCAGGUAUCCACCAGCGGGUACACCAGCAGCAGCAGCAGCAGCAGCAGCUGAGGAAGAGAGGCAAGAGCGCCAUGCAUCCACCAUCCCACGCCAGACACAAACGUCAGCCAGCGUAGGUCCUUCGUGGAACUCUGAUGCAGUGGCUGCAGACGCCGUUCCUUCUCCUCCGCUCCGUCCACCGCCGCCGUCUCCACGACGCACUUCAGCCGGCCUUCACGCGGGUGCUGAAAAGAACGCUGGCCGAAACAAUCAACGACACCCGCCACAUCAAACGCCGCCUGCUACGGUGGGUGUUGCUCCGAUUGCGCCGACUUCGCAGCGGCCACUUCAGCUCAGCAACGACGCAGUGUUUAUGCAGUACCUACGCCAAGCGCGCUCAAGCUCAGGUGACCAUCGCCGUUCGCCUGCGCAUGGUGACCGCACGAGCGCGGCGGGUGUGGCACGGCCGAAGGAUGAUGUGGAGAAGAAAAAGAAGAGGAAUAAAAGCACGGACGUCGCACCAGCACAGCGUGGACCCUCUCCACACGUUGGAAGAACUUCAUCUUCUCACUUAAGAACUCUGCCACCAAAAGCCGGCGCCGUCACCUUCAGCGGCAGCAGCAGCAGCGAUGACAGUGGCGGUAACGACUACAGGGAUAAGGUCCGUACGAAGCGCGGGUCACCACCACGUGAAAUGUCUUCGCCACCGCUCGUCGAUGCCCGCAAGGCGUUUAAAAUCUCUCCCGUUCGAGCACGGCGUGAAGGCCAGCAGCAGCAACAGGCGCUGCCCUCUUCAACAGAAAGACGUGCGUCGCCUUCGCACACCGAAGCGGAAGGUUUGACGGAGGGGCGGGAGAUGAAGAGCCACAACGAAGCUCCUCAACACGCAGAGGAAGCACGACGAAAGGCCAGCCGAGAGGAGUCUUCGCGGUCGACACGGAGGGAGGAAAGCGGAGACGACACCAAGGACGGCGCACCUCACGCUCGCACAUCAACAAGUCGCAGGGACGCGCCUUCGCUGAGAAGGCAACGCGCAAAACAACUAUCGGGCAACCCCAGCGAUCACAGCAAUGACGAUGAUGAUGACAGUAAUCUGCUCACCCAAACGCCACCAGCAACAGCAGAAGAAGCAGCAAUAAAUGUUGAUGCCUCCCACCCGCUCGACGCAGAGCGAAGCGCGUGGGUGUUCACCGACAUGUCCACCAACAUCACGUCGCACCGACUGCAUCACCACCGUCAUGAGCACCUGCCCCAUCACAAAUCUCUUCCAGGCCCACCAUCGCUGGGCACGCGUCGCCUGCAUGCCGCCUGGGCCUCGUAUCUGCACCAGCACGGGCAGCCACGCCUGUACAGGCAUCACGACGAUGGCGACAGCGGCGGUAGCGGCGUCAUCACGGAUGGACCGGCUCCAUCGCCGGGUGGGCGGCCCACGGAGGGUUCUUCCCCUCGUACGGCAUCUGCGGCUCUACACCGCGACGCGCAGGAGGAGCAGGCGGCGUUGGUGGAGUGGCCCGGGGUCAGAGGCGGCAACAAUGACGAUAUCAACGACAGCAGCGGUCGGCACCCGAACGCCUCUGCGACGACUGCUCUGCGGGAUCGCCUGCGCGAGUGCGCGAAAGAAGUGCUGCUCCUGCGCGCCUCUCUCCUCAUGACCUACACGUUGCUGGCGGCGGGUGGCGAAGAGAGGACGAUGCGGUCAUUGACGACCAGCGUGGCCGCACGGCAGUGGGCGCGUGAGGUGGACCGCGCUGCUGGCUGGACAGCGGCGACGGAGCAGCGCGAGAAGCGACAGGAGCAGCAGCAGCAACGGGACGCGGAAGGGAAGGGCGGCGGCGACGGCGUGAACUCCCCUCCCUCUCCCUCUGUUGUUGCAGUUGCUGCCGCGCAACGUCGUCGUCGUCGUCCUAGUAGCAAUAACGGACGGGAUGCACCAGCCUUGUCCUUCACACGCACCACCACUCCGUGGCCGGCGUUAGAGGCCCGCCUGGCUGCCUCCGUGCACGCUGCGGCACAAAACCUGGCGGACGUCUCAGCAUCUCUUCCGCACGGCAGCCCACAGCGGCAAGGCACACAGGGGAUGAAGGAGGGGAGUGGACACGGUGCGGCUUUGGGGUUGUCCCCGCCACCGCCGCGGCUGCUGCUGCGUGAGACACCGUCACAUGACUUGAAGGGUCUGCCAUCGCUGUGGUACCCCUCUCACCUCAGCGACGCCGUCGGGCCCGUUAGCGGCGUGCUCUCCGUGUGGUUUAGCGGCGACGACGACGAAGACAAGGGUGGUGACGCAAGCGAAGACGAAGAGGAGGCUAAGCUGGAUGGCAACGCUGGUCAUGUGUCGGACACGAACACGCAGGUCACCGACGCGGCGCAUCUCCCUCCUCAGCGCAAUCGCUCGAGUCGUCUGUCCGUCUUCUCCCGUGGCGGCUCCGCCGGGGGAAGCCGAUCGUCCUCGAAGAAAAAUGCAUCUUCCUCUGCGGUGCUGUCGGGCGGGUGGAGGCGGUGUUUCGUCGUCGCCGAUGAUCACGGUGUGCGCGUUUACCCGACGGAGCGCGACUACGCCGACUACGCGAGCGAGCGCCUCCUGAUGGCGGUGUCGUACACCUCGCUUGCCUACCUCAUCUCUGACUUCGCGGCCGCCGCUGCCGCACCGGUGGUGGUCGAGGGCGGCCGCGGUGCAGACGGGGACCAACACGAGACGGCGACGUCGCCCUCUUCGUUGUCGGCGGUUCAUGUCUGCACGAUCGCCGCUGUCGGCGCGCACCUUUGCAGCCACGACGACGAGGACGCCGCCUUCAUCCACUUCGGCUUUGUGCACCGACAAACCACCGCGGCGGAGCAGCGCGUGGCGGCGGCGGCGUCAACGUGCGGUGUCAGCCUGCACCAUCUGCUGCGUUCGCGGAGUGGCCCCCAUCUUCGCUUCGCCCCAUGGCGGGUGCACAGAAGCAGCAAGAGGAACGGCAGCAACGGCACGGACAGUCGAAAAGGUAUCUUUUACGCCUCUUCUUCUUCCUCGUCGCAGUCCACACGGCGGCUGCAUCCGCCGCUGGUGUUCCGCACGCAAUCCCUCCUCGCCCAUGCGGAGUGGGUCCACUACUUCGCCUACAAGUUCAAUCGACACCUCUACAGGUUGAUGUUCCCCACGACGUGUGCGGCAAUGGCGGAGGUCGGGCUGCAGAACAAAGAAACGCAAACGGACAUCUUCGCGGAGGAUCGUCUGCGGCUGCUGCACGACAGCGAGGGCGUGGCGUCGUUCUCUCUCCACGCGGAGCCGGAACAGCAGCAGCAACAUCGUCAUCGUCACUCGCGCAAUCACCACCGCAGCCAGCGCGACGACAGCGCUAUCAGAGAAGACGAUUAUGAGGCGCCGUAUGAACGCAGCGGAGCAAAUAACGCGCGCCACUUCAACACUAAGAAGCCGUCACGGCGGAGCAGCGCGAAACGACGACGACGACGAGGCCAACGGGACGGCUCUAGCCGCGAGAACGACAGCGGUGGAGAUGACACGAAGGGGGAGACGUCGUCCUCGUUGAGUUCUCCCUCGCGUCUCUCCGCUCCGCCUUCGCCGCCGAAGGGGUCGGUGCCCUUCAACCGCGCUUUGCAGCACGCCGGGGUGUCUUCAUCGCCAUCGUCGCCGCUUUUGCCUCCUGCGUUGGACUCCUCAACCUCCGCAGGAGACAAACAUGAGAAGUCGCAGGGCAAUGCGUCGCUGGUGCAGGCGGUCACCGAGCUGCGUCGCACCCUCGAGCACCGCGACCAGCAACUGCGCGACUACGAGGACGAGCAGGCCGCGCUGGUGAAGGUGCUGAGACAACGCGAGCGGCAGGUGCAGGCACUACAGCACGAUCAACAGCAGCUGCGGGCAGAGCUGCAGGAGUCGGUGGACCGCCAGCAUCAGCAGCGGCAGAAUGCUAUCGUAGAAAGCCAGCGCGAGGAGGUUGAGCGGCUUCGCGCCGUGGCCGACGCCGCCGCAGUGAUGAACGCACCGCCGCACAAAUCGCCUGCGACGGACCGACACCGCAAUGACAAGACAGCACAAACUGUGUCGGGCGUGGAAGCCGCACACGCGCAGGAGUCGGCACUUCUGAGGGACCAACUGAACGACCUGCAGCGACGCUACGCAGCAGAUCACGCGGCCUGGCGGGCGGCGCAGCAGGCCCUCGAGGCGCGCUGCCGCACGACGGAGAUGCAGGUGCGGAACCUGCGGGAGGGCGCCUCACAUCAACUACGCGCCCUUGCGCAUCAGGCCGUGCGCGACCUUGACGACUUCCACGAGGAGGUCGCGCAAGGGACGGAGAGAUGCGUAACGGCGAUGCUGCGGCACAACUCCACGCCACGGCGGUUGCAGGCCCCGCCCAACCUGCACGACGAUGACGGCGGCAGCAGCACCAUCAACACCCCGCGGCGCAGUUCUCCAGCGCGUGCAGCACCUAUGCCCGUCACUGCGGCCUCCACAGGCGUCACAGCAGUAACGGCAGCCGCGCGUGCCAUUGCGUCGCUGCUCCUCACCUUCCAAAGCGGCAACGGCUGUCUGGUGGACGGUGAGCUGACCGUCGAUCCAUCAGAAGCGCGGCUGCUCUUCAGCGGCCCCACGGCAAACCAACGCGGGCGACGUUGGGAGCUGCGGCACCACGACACGGACGCCCUCCUGCGCAUUCAGCUGGAGCUGCUGUCGCGUAAAGCGGGUGACCCGCGUACGUCCCCGCGCUCGUUGACGCCGGCGAUUCUCAAUGGACCACCGUCGUGGCGCAGUCGAAGUCACAGCCGUACGGGGACUCCCAUCGCAGGGCGCUCACCUCAUUCUCGCCCAGCAGCACCGCCGCGGCCCCCACCGCCACCGCCUGCCUUAUCGGCUUCUGAACGCGCCUCCAACGUGUCGGCAGACGACUCACGGGCCUCCGCGGAUCAUCGCGCUGCCCGUCGAAGCGUAUCGGCGGAGGGGGCAGCGCAGACGCCGCUGUCGGCCGUGCUGCGUGCUGUGAAUGUGUCGCCGAGAGCCACGCGUGCAUCACGGCUGCGACGGGCUGCGACGGAGCGACAGAUCCAGGAGAGAGAGGCUCUCGAAGACGCGUGA